AUGAACGAGGAAGUCCGCAAACGGAUAGAAGAAAUUCCAACAAACGAGUUAUUCGACAUUUUUGAACAGGCAAUACGGACUGAUUUACUGUAUCGGGAUCCCAACGCCGACUUGAAUCGUCUGAUCCAAGACAUCCGCCGCAAAACGAGCCGAGAGCUCCUGCUCCAACUAGCCUAUCUCCUUCCUCAUAUCAGAGCCUCCACGCAAGCGAAUUCCGGCCUCGGCUCGAGCGAACAAUCUAAUAACCAAAUCAAAUAUCCUCCCCCACAUGAACAUGGACCAGAAGGUCUUGUGGGGCCCAAUCUACUCAAAAAUGAGACGCCUUCAGCCGAAGAUCGAGCUACAAGUUCAUUCAAAGAAGGACGUACCGUGGAUUCUCAUUUAGGCGGACGCUUGACCAUCCCACACGAUAAAUGUGUUAUGCGAGGCCUCUACAUCAUGGGGUGCAAGAGUGAUCUUACGCGACAAAGGGAGUUUGUUGUAGACAAGGAUUACUCCAUGGGUGAUCGUGGAGCAUUGGAUCAUAAUGUCUUUCCUGUACGGUACCACUUCAAGAUUGUGCAAACUGCCGAUGUCCACGAUCGCAUGCAAAAGCUUGAGAGCGUGGGCGUCAUAAAGCCAAUAUUGCCACCUCCAUCGGAAGAUGAAAACGAGGCUGAAGGGAACAUGUCACGAUAUAGUCAAGAAAAGGAGCAGUAUGAGGAAAUAGUUGCUCAAACGAUCUCUUCCCUGCCGACCGUUUGGCCUGCGGCGGAUGACUGUAUAGUGGGGUUGAACGAAGUCGAGUUCUUCGAUGGGAGAGAGGUACCGAGGGAAGACCAUGUUGACUUGACACAACUCGUUCGACAAGAUUGGCAAGCGCCAUCAGAGCCAGUAGUAUCACAUACAAGUCAUAAAAAGAAGCGAAAACGUACACAGAGCACCUCCGAGCAAAGCGAAAUGGCGGCCAAACUUACGAGCGUGCAAAAUGCGUUGGAAAGACUCAAGGCUGGCGACGACCUUCAACGUUCGGAAAAACGCGGGAAACAAGAGGAAUCUCGUGGAUCAAGUGCAACUGCAGAGCUGUCUAAACCACUCAAGAAAACAGCCACCUCUUAUGGAAAGCAGACAACGGUGGCGAAUAACGACACUCAUGUACAAAAGAAAAGACGAAAAGAGCCUAUUCAAAACACGGGCAGCUCAAUUUCAACACCAAACCCAGCAGUCAAAGGUCUGACGGCUCUCCAAAGUAGUAUGAAAUCUAGCCUCGAAGGAGCCCGCUUCCGGCAUAUCAACGAGUUACUCUACAAGUCGACCAGCGAGAAUGCGACAGAGCUCGUGAAGCAAGACCCGACUAUGAUAGAGGACUACCAUGCUGGAUUCAGACGCCAAGUCAAGUCGUGGCCUGUUAACCCUGUUGACCAAUAUAUUAUCGAACUAUCGAAGCUCCCAAAACCGUUGGUGGUCGCAGACCUGGGAUGUGGAGAUGCAGCUCUGGCUCGUGCACUCGUUCCCAAAGGUGUUUGUGUGCUUUCCUACGAUCUUAAAGGUCACAAAAGCUACGUGAUCGAGGCAGACAUUUGUCGGCAUAUUCCGCUGCCUGGAUCGGAAAGUAGUAAUGAUGAAGAAGGAGAGGGUGCAGUUGUGGACGUCGUGAUUUGCGCGCUGAGCCUUAUGAGUACCAAUUGGCUCGGGUGUGUCCGCGAGGCCUGGCGAAUACUGCGACCGGGUGGGAGACUAAAGAUUGCCGAGGUCACCAACGGGUUUCAAGCUCGAGAGCAAGGCAUGUGGGCCCCUCCUACAUAUUCGCAGUUCGCUAAAACAAUUCAGGAUACGAGUAAUACCCACUUUAUCAAGUUUGACUUCCGCAAGAUUCGGCCAGCCAAGCCUGUAAACUGGAAAGAGCUAUCACGGAGAGGAGAAGUGUUGCAGCCUUAUCACGUUCCUAGCGAAACUUCCACGGAUCCUGAGCCAACCCUGGCAUGCUGCUUCGGCUCCUCUGCCUCUUCGACCCGACCUCGUCAGUCACAGCCUCUUCACAAGCAAGAAAUGCCUGGAUCUGUUACCGUCGUUUCACAUCCACUAGUUGGAGCGAAGCUCUCCAAGCUCCGAAAGGUUGAGACUUCGCCAAAGGAAUUUCGAGAGGGUGUCCAUCAGAUCAGCAUGGUGCUAGGAAUUGAAGCCAGUCGCGAUCUCGAGACUAAGACAUUCGAAGGGAAAUCUCCGAUAACUACUUUCCAAGGAACAGAGAUCGCACGACGAAUCGGCCUGACCCCAAUCCUACGAGCGGGCCUCGGGAUGACAGAGGCGAUGCUCACUCUGUUCCCAGAAGCACAUGUGUACUACCUAGGUCUCUUCAGGGAGAAGGUUACCCUGCAGCCCGUAGAGUACUAUUCAAAGCUUCCUUCAUCUCCUACCGUUGACCUGGUUUAUCUACUGGACCCAUUGGUCGCAACGGGUGGUACUGCUGUGGCUGCAAUCAACAUGUUGGUGGAUUGGGGCCUUGCAGUGGAGAAUAUUCGACUCCUCAGUGUCCUCGCCUCACAAGAGGGUAUUGAUCACGUUCGAGCGGAGUUCCCCACGUUGGAUAUCUACGUUGCAGCCAUUGAUUCCGAGCUCACCGGCAAAGGAUAUCUGACUCCUGGUCUCGGAGAUGCGGGUGAUCGUUUGAACAACACGUUUGGAUUCCACUAG